AAACCCAAAAUUUUUAUUUUUAUUUUUCUUUUCUUCCCAUUUUCAAUUCCUCGCCGAUUAAUUCCCAUUCCAACAUGCCGGCGCCGCCGAUUUACUUACUUCACUAGAUUUCUCUCUCAGAUCCGUCAUUUCUCCUGUCAGGGCUGGUGGAUUUGAAAUUAUUGUGAGAGUGGGUGGCAAUAGGGAAAAUAUAGCUUAUUGGGUGCCCAGAUGAGCAGAACUGAUGCUAUUGGCAGUGGAAGGAGGAGGGUUCUUCUCUUCUUCGGCAUCUGGGUAUAGUAAGGGCCUGACCCUUCUUCUAUUGGGUCAGAAGAACGAAGACGACAAACCCAUGAGAGUUUCCCCGUGGAAUCAGUACCAGUUGGUGGACCAAGAACCUGACCCUGACCUCCAGCUGGCUUCCGCCACCAAGAAUAGGCUUUCCCGCGGCUGCGCCUCCUUUGUCUGCUUUGGUCGCGCUUCCGCAGGACUUGACACCCCAUCACCUCUCAAAGUAGGCCCUACCCAGCACCAAGAUGGUUUGCCAGGGCCUCUUGCUUCUGAACAGGGAAAGGAUCAAACAGUUGAUCUUGAGGAUGAAGAUGGUAUUGUAAGAAAGGUUUCUCUUAGGAGUAGUUUAAAGAAGCCAUCAAAUAGCAUUACAGUUCCUGUUCAAAAUGUUAAUGAACAUGAGGAAGUGAGUGAAAAAGGUAGUGAUAUCCCUGGUCACACUGAAAGGAGGAAAGUUCAGUGGACUGAUGCUUGUGGCAGUGAACUUGCUGAAGUUAGGGAAUUUGAGGCCAGUGAACUGGGCGGAUCAGAUGAUGAAUUUGACCAUGGAAUUGAAAGAAGUUGUUCAUGCACAAUCAUGUGAUUUUGUUCUUGCCAACAGCUUUUGUGGACUUUGACGUUUCUUAAAACGCAGUGACGCAUCGGAUAAAAUUACUACUAACGCCAUUCGUCUGGUUUACGCC